UGCCAGAGUCGUCUGGACGGUGAAUGUGGAUUUUUUCAGAAACGAUGACGUAUUAGCCCCGCCUCUCUAGCCUUUGACCUCAGCCGCCGCCGCUAGACGCGUCAUAACAACAACAACAACGGCGGACUACAGGCUUGUGCACAGCGCGUGACCUUUAUACGCAUGCUCCAUGGCUUCUUUUUCGGUUUUAGUGUAUUGGUGUGGCGGCGUCACAGCGCCACAUACAGGCUUGGCAUCUGUACUACAGCGUUUUGGGUCCGUAUUGGGUGAGGCCGCGUAUUCGUGUGGAUAGGGCCUAUGUCACCAAUCUUUCAGCACCACUUUUUUUUGCAAGGACAUGCAAAUUAAUUUAGUUGUGAUUAGGCCUUUGCUGCACCAAGACCUGUCCCACAGCCUUUCUGGCAUCUAAUACAACUCACUAGUAGUACAGGGAUUGGUCAGCAGCUCAUCCAGAACCUACAGUAUGUCUUCUUCUAAGUUAGAUGAAAGAAAAUUGAUCAUGGACCUUUGUCCCAAGAUGUUGUUUGAACUUGGUUUUCUUAGAACCAAUCCUUAUCUAGCACACAUACAACAACACUCCCCACUCUGGUUCCACUUGUUGGUGGUCAUUACACUCAAUCAUGUGCUUUCACAUUAACCAGUUGCUUAGGGUAGCAUUGAAGCCCCACACAGCUGGAGCCUUCUUUAACACCACACUUACCCCAAAGAGAGCUGAAUACUUCCUGACAGCAGUGUGGCAAAAGUGAAAGUGGAAGUUUUUGCUCCAGGAAUGUGUCCUAGUCUACUUCUUACUGAUCUUUUCAAACCAAUCAUACACAGGACAAUGCUCAUUACAACUACAUGCUCCUUCACCUAGUUGCGAUAGAGUUGUGGUUAAAGGAAGCAAUGUUUUUAACGUAUGUUUGUGAAUAUAUGUGAUGCAUGACAAAUGUGAUAUUUAUAAAAGAGAAUAUACUUAUUUGACUUGUAUUUCUCAUCCCAAGUAUGGAACAUGGUGGAGUGAAGAGGUUGAAGUCAGGUCAGAGGAAGUAUGCCUGCGAACUCACACUGGACCCAAACACAGUAAACAGUAAUCUCUUUCUGUCCAAGGACAACAGAAAGGUGACAGAGGUGUUGGAAAAGCUGCCGUACCCUGACCAUCCAGAGCGAUUUCACCACUGGAAGCAGGUUCUGUGUAGCGAAGGUUUAACUGGGCGCUGUUACUGGGAGGUGGAGUGGAAAGGAUGGGUUAAUAUUGGAGUGGCAUACAAAGGAAUCAGAAGAAAAGGGCAGGAUGACGACUGCUGGAUCGGACAGAAUGACAAGUCCUGGAGUCUGUUACGCUGUGAUAAUAAGUACUCUGCUUGUCACAAAAACAGGAGAGUAAUCAUACCUAUCCACUCCUCCUUUGACGCUGGUAGAGUAGCAGUGUAUCUGGACUGGCCUGCUGGCAUUCUGUCCUUCUACAGGGUCUCCUCUGACACACUGAGCCACCUCCACACCUUCCACUGCACAUUCACUGAACCCCUCUAUCCUGCAUUUGGGAUUGAGUUAAAGUCAUCAGAAUCAUCAGUUUCACUGUGUCAGAUAUAGCAUGAGGUAGAAGAAAACACUGACAGGGGGAGUUGUGUAACUUUCUGGUACUUACAAUCCAACAAGCAUGCCCUCUUUACACAGUGAUUGGUCUUUGUCUUAUUCAUAGCUCAUAAAUGUGAUCCAUCCAUCCAUUUGUAUAAAUGUAUGACCAGUUGUUAGCUAGCUAGCUGUUAAUGCUAACAUUCAAUUGUUGUAACUGAACUGAUAAAGUGCAUGUUAUUCUUCUUCUGCUGUCACCAAACAGCUUUGGAUACUCCAACACUUUUCAUGUACUUAAAAUAUUUUGCCUUCCUGGCUCCAACACUUCCUAAAAUCACUGUAAAUAAAUGUACACAUUUAAUUUUUUUAAAUAA